AUGGAGGAUGGUUUCCAAGCAAUUGCCAAAAUGCCCUACCGCGUUGCUCUCCCGAAAUAUUAUGCAACGGCAAGUGAGGCAGCGACAUUGGAGCUAUUGCGGAUGAAGAGCAUGCCUGUACCAAAGGUGCUUGGAUACUCUGCCUCUACUGACAAACCUGCUGGAGUUGAGUAUAUAAUCAUGGAGAAAGCCCAGGGGGUCCAGGUAAAGGAACAAUGGGUUUCAAUGACAAAACAACAGAGGCAUAAGUUAGCUUCUAGUUUUGUGGAGAUCGAAAAGACCCUCUUCUCUCUACCCUUCAGCUCAAUUGGCAGUGUUCAUUUCAAGUCGGAUAUACCAGCUGAGCUUCAAGCACCGUUGCAGGCCGUAAGCUGUCAGGGCCAAGAGCAUGGACAGGAUAUUUCUGACAAGUUCUGCAUUGGCCCAAUUGCCGAUUAUAUGUUCUGGUAUGGGAAACGCGCAGGACUUGACAUAUCGCGGGGACCAUGGAACGAUUCUACGAGCUACCUCCGAUCAAUCGCAGACAAGGAGAUGAAGUGGACUCAACAAUACGGAAAACCACUUGAACUUCGUUUCCCCCACAAUGACGUGCUCACUGGCAAGCAAAGUCCAGACAGAUAUGUUGACCUGUUGAGCAAAUAUCUGGCAUUAACCCCAUACCUUCUUCCUAGAGAGGGCUCGGAACUAAACAGCCCAACUCUCAGACAUCCUGCUUCCUGUGAGAUCACCCGUUUAAUUGAUUGGCAACAUACGAUUAUACAGCCAAGUCUCCUUGCCGCUGGUUAUCCUCGAGCUUUUGAGAACCCUGACACCGAUGAGCCACUCGAUCUAAAAGAGCCCACUCUGCCGCCCGAGUAUGAUAGCUUAGAGGGCGAUGAGAAAGCUGAAGCAGAUGAGCUCUAUCGCCGUAUGCUGAUGUUUCACUACUACCGUAUAUAUACAGGCGUGUUCAACAAACUGCAUCUCCACGCCUUAAGGGAUCCCCUGUUGAACCCACGGAAACAUCUGGUAGACAGAGCAGGCCGCCAGUGGAGCGGAAAUACAAUCACCUUGAAGGGCGCCUUGAUUCGUAUGGCCGAUUACUGGGACCAGCUGCCUGAAACAAAGGGAAUCGAAUGUCCUGUAAAGUUCAACAUAUCGGAGAUCAACGAGUUUCUAAAGCAGGAAGAGAUGUGGCUCUGUUUCAAUGCCGUCGUGAACCAUUGGCGGGAUGAACUAUGCAUCAGCGAAGACGGCUGGGUUAGCGACGGGAACUAUGAGUCUGCAAUGAAGGUGAUACAGGGCCUGAAGCAGGAUAUGCUCAGCAAGGCAGAAGGAGACCAAGAAGACAUUGACAUUGUACUGAUCAACAAGGGCUGGCCGUUUGAUGACCACGAGGAGAUUGACUGA